CGCUGGCGGUCGGAUCUCGCCUGCGCCUCUUCGUCCGCUCGCGUGCUCGGGAUGGCCGGCUACCUGCGGGUCGUCCGCUCGCUCUGCAGAGCCUCCGGCUCCGGGCCAGCCUGGGCGCCGGCAGCCCUGACAGGCCCCAGCUUGCAAGAGCAGCCGCGGCGCCACUAUGCUGACAAGAGGAUCAAGGUGGCAAAGCCGGUGGUGGAGAUGGAUGGCGAUGAGAUGACCCGUAUUAUCUGGCAGUUCAUCAAAGAGAAGCUCAUCCUGCCCCACGUGGAUGUCCAGCUCAAGUAUUUCGACCUGGGGCUCCCAAACCGCGACCAGACCAACGACCAAGUCACCAUCGACUCCGCGCUGGCCACCCAGAAGUAUAGUGUGGCUGUCAAGUGUGCUACCAUCACUCCUGAUGAGGCCCGUGUGGAAGAGUUCAAGCUGAAGAAGAUGUGGAAGAGUCCCAAUGGAACCAUCCGGAACAUCCUUGGGGGGACUGUCUUCCGGGAGCCCAUCAUCUGUAAAAACAUCCCACGCCUCGUCCCUGGCUGGACCAAGCCCAUCACCAUUGGAAGGCACGCCCACGGUGACCAGUACAAGGCCACAGACUUUGUUGUUGACCGGGCCGGCACGUUCAAGGUAGUCUUCACCCCGAAGGACGGGAGCAGCGCUAAGGAGUGGGAGGUGUACAACUUCCCUGACGGUGGCGUGGGCAUGGGCAUGUACAACACUGACAAGUCCAUCUCGGGUUUUGCGCACAGCUGCUUCCAGUAUGCCAUCCAGAAGAAGUGGCCCCUGUACAUGAGCACCAAGAACACCAUUCUGAAAGCCUAUGACGGGCGCUUCAAGGACAUCUUCCAGGAGAUCUUUGACAAGCACUAUAAGACUGAGUUCGACAAGAAUAAGAUCUGGUACGAGCACCGGCUCAUUGAUGACAUGGUGGCUCAGGUCCUCAAGUCUUCAGGUGGCUUUGUGUGGGCCUGCAAGAACUAUGACGGGGACGUGCAGUCGGACAUCCUGGCCCAGGGCUUCGGCUCCCUUGGCCUAAUGACGUCUGUGCUGGUCUGCCCGGAUGGGAAGACCAUCGAGGCUGAGGCUGCUCACGGGACGGUCACCCGCCACUAUCGGGAGCACCAGAAAGGCCGGCCUACCAGCACCAACCCCAUUGCCAGCAUCUUUGCCUGGACGCGUGGCCUGGAGCACCGGGGGAAGCUGGACGGGAACCAGGACCUCAUCAGGUUUGCCCAGACCCUGGAGAAGGUGUGCGUCGAGACAGUGGAGAGCGGAGCCAUGACCAAGGACCUGGCAGGCUGCAUUCAUGGCCUCAGCAAUGUGAAGCUGAACGAACACUUCUUGAACACCUCGGACUUCCUGGACACCAUCAAGAGCAACCUGGACAAAGCUCUGAGCCAGCAGUAGCGGGGGCAGGGAGCGCUGCCCGGCAGCUGUGGGGCACGGGUCGCAGCCACGCGGGCUGCGGGCCACGGCUGCCCCCAACACGAGGUGGAGGGUGAGCCUCAUGGCCCCUCUCAGGAGGCCUUUCUAGGGGACGUUUUUUAUAAGCAAGAUGUUUUUAAAAGUACGUAUCUGCGUUUUCCCUCACGGUGACGUGAGGCAGGAACAGUGUGUUUUACCUCAGCCAGUCAGUAUGUUUGGCAUACUGUAAUUUAUAUUGCCCUUGGAACACAUGGUGCCAUAUUUAGCUACUAAAAAGCUCUUCACAAAA